GUUAUAUUGCUAGGUUAGGAUCGACAAAUCGUACCCGACGACGCAAACAGAUCUCAAUUCAAAACAAGUUACAUACAAGAGUUUACACAAAACCCUAAAUACAUAAAUACACGGCCGGCCUGGAGGUCACCCAAUCGCCGCCAUCACCUACCCCUCAAUGGUCGCUUAAUCCAGGGAGAGCGGUAGAGCCGGGAAGAAGUAUACUCCUUGCCGGAAGUAUACUCCUUUCCCCUUCACGCAGUCUUCCCAUCCGGAUUACCUUCUCCUUCGCGGAUCCUUCCCAAGCAACCGACGACUGGCGACGAUCAGGCAUCAGUGUUUAAACGGCGGCAUCCACAAUUGAACCCGACACUGAGGGAUAGAUGAUGGCGGCGAUUGGGUGACCUCCAUUACGAGUAGAGACUGUCCGCAGCAACAGCGAGGUUGAGGCCAACGACUUCUUCCGGCAACUUGAAGGUUGGAAAAAGGUUCAAAGCACUUCACGCUUUUCAGUUUGUAACUUGAAGGUUGGAAAAAGGUUCAAAGCACUUCACGCUUUUCAGUUUGGGUAAGAAAAUGACGAGGCUGUUAUGGACAAGUCUCAGAGGUCCGACAGGGUGUUGUUCGAAGAGACAAGGCUUAACUCACUGAAAAUGAGAGCUGCCCGGCUGCGAAGGAGGCUUCAACGGCGGAUUGAUGCCUAUAAUCAUGCUCUUGAUGCGGUAUUGUUGGCGGUUGCACAGCAUAUGGAUCAAGCUGCACUCCACCCUCUUCUCCACGCAAGAGGGCAAGCGAGAGAAAGGCUCCAGGCUUGCAUAAGAGCGCUGGAGAGGGUGGAGGGUAGCAUAACAAGAUGCGAGGAAGUUGUCCAGGGGCUGAGGCAGAAUAUUGGGGCGAUGCUGGAUUUUUUCAGAAUAAACUCCUUUCCCACGAGCUUGGGUUUGGAAAGGGAGGGGAGUGGACUGGUCGAGUAUAUGGAGGAGGAUGAAGGGUUGAUUUUUAAGAUGGUUUAAAGGCAUAAGAAUAGGGGAGAAAAAGGGGGAUACUGGUUGUGCUUUUUAGGAGGGCCGAAAAUUUGGAAGGGAAAAUAAGAGGGGAAAAGGGAUAAAAACCAAGUAGGUUUUAAGAGAUAUAACACACUCUUAUCCUCACUUGGGGUUUGAGUCUAGAAUUUAAUUAAGAUAUUACACACUCAAUUAAAUAACUAGAACCUAACACUCACACUUAAGGAAACCAACCUUAAGAUAUAGAAAUUAGGAUUUGAAAACAGAAUACAACCAGUGUAUUUCUAUCUUGAAAUGAAGAAUAAAAAUCUGAGCAUUACAAUAGGCCUAUGGCCGAAAUUUAAAGGCACUCAUACAAAGGAAAAUACUAAGCUAUUUCUUCCACAAAUCCUAGAAAAUGCAGUCAUGUGCUUGAGUCCUUUCAUGGAAUAAAAUCAGGGAAAAUGGGGACAAGGAUUCAUGAAUGAAUAUUCAUGAAUGGAGGGGAGUUUUCGGCCAUAUUAGAGGGCAAAAUGGAUGGGUGAUGUGUUGGGUAUUUUGGCUUGGCUAGUGAGGUGAAUAUUUGGUGGUUGGGGAGUGAUUCAUUCUGCCAUAGUGGGCGACAGUGGGGUGUGAGAAAUAUGGCUUUUAUAGGGUGGCUUUUAUGGUGGUUUAAAGGUCAAAGUAAUCAAAAAUAUCCCUUGGCUUGUUGUGCUUGUUAUUUUGGUUGUACUAGGGGACAAGGGGGGACAAUGUUUGUGGGAUGUUGGGUGAUGAAAUAUGGUUGUUUGGCUUGGUGUGUUUCGGCCCUAGCUUAGGGAAAUGAAAGGGAAAAAUGACUUAUUGUGUGAUAUGGUUUUUUUUGGCACAAAAUGUGUUACAUUGAUGGAGUGACUCAAGUAGGGAGUGGGGUAGUUUCGGCCAAGGUUGUGUUGCAGGGUAUACGGCUCUUUUCAGGGUGGAGAUAGGCUCAAGGUUGUCAUGGUUAAGUAAAAUGGUUUAGGGUUGGAGAAUUCAUUCCAGAAAGGAUCGUAACACUUAGACAUGAUUCCACUGAUUUGUUUAAGGAUUUGAGGGUCAGGUGUAGUACCAGGGGAUACAACACAUAUGGUUAACGAAGAAGGGUAAGGAGAAGAGGAGAAGGGUUAAGACUCUGGGUUUCAUUGUUCUAAUUUUAUUCUUGGUUAAAUGCCUAGAAGAAUUAUAAGGGUAGUAAGAUAACAUGCAUCUUUGAUGAAUGUUGGCAACAAAAGUGAACAUUUCCAAACGCUUAUAUGAUCUUUCAAUUUGUAACAGUUUUUCACUGUAUUUAUUCUUUUUUAACAAUUCCAAGUCAAGGUUUCCAUUUCUUAACGAUUCCUCAUCCGCUUCAGACCCUCGGCACCUACAAACCUCCUAUGGUGACCUGAUCUAAAUGGCAACAGAUAGCUAGGCCCUGGUGGGAUGGCUUUGUUCAUGGAGGGGUUAAUAUGCGAGCGAUUUUUCUUUCAUAAGUUCAAUGUAAUUCUUUCAUUUCUCUUUAAUCAUGUCAUACUUUGAUUUCUAUUGUGUUAAAUCUAGGCUAUGGUUCAUGGCUAUGACAUGAACAGAUGAAACUUAUAUACUUAAAUAAGUAAACAAAGGGCUAAAUUUCAUGAUAAGGUAUAUUUUUAUGUUCUUUUAGUCAUGUUACAUUUUCCAUAAUCUCCGAUGGAGCCAAAAUUUCAUCAUUUUUUGGCUUUGGGGUGUGAUGGAAUAAAUCAAAACGGCUCUCUAAACUGUCUGCGCUUCUUUAGUUAAUGAAGUAGCAGUUAGUCAAGCAAUGCAACUUUUGACGUUGAGCCGGAGGUCUCUAUGGAAACAGCCUCUCUACUUUCGAGUAGGGGUAAGGUCUACGU